AUGGCGGGCUUCUUCAACAAACUGAAGAAUGCGGGAAAUACAACCACAAGCCCAGCGACCAAAGAUGCGCCCAGCAAAAAAGCCGGCAAGGAGGAGCCAGCUCCCGAGCUUACCCCCUUGGAAAAGAUGCUACAGAAUGCUGGUCCAUUGAGGGAAGAUGGCACCGACAAGUUCUUCGGUCUCGAGAAUAAAGGCUUGAGUGCCUCGGAGUCGAUGAAGCGCAGACAAGCUAUAACUGCAGGAAUGCCCCCUCCAGGCGCUCCUGGCACACGUCCCGAAGACAAGCCCGACUCGCCCGAAUACAAGAAGAAGCAGGCAAUGAUCAAGGGCCCGAUUCUGGAGUUGGCCCAGGAAAACCCCUCAGCAUACGGGAUGGAGGAAUGCACCUUCACCGGGCUCAAAGACAUCUUCCAGGCCCUGAUUGAGAGCAAUACCAGAACGGGUGUGCUCAGCCCGCAGCGAUUCCUCGAAAUUUUCAAGAGAGACAAUGAAAUGUUUCGAAAUUCCAUGCAUCAGGACGCUCACGAGUUCUACGGUCUGGUCUUGAACGACGUCAUAUCCAACGUCGAGACCAACGCCAGGCGGAUCCAGGAGCGAGAGGCUGAAAAUAGGGACGGCUUGGUUCAGUCAGUGGAGAAUGCUCUUGGUGCCACGAGCCUCAUCAAUCGCCCUGUCAACGGCAUGGGCUCUCCUGGAACCGGAUGGGUUCACGACAUUUUCGAGGGAGUCUUGACGUCGGAAACAAAGUGUCUGACUUGUGAGACGGCCUCACAACGAGACGAGACAUUUCUGGACCUGUCCAUCGAUUUGGAUGAGCAUUCAUCAGUAACGUCAUGUUUACGCAAGUUUUCUGCCGAGGAAAUGCUCUGCGAGCGCAAUAAGUUUCACUGCGAUCAUUGCGGCGGUCUUCAGGAGGCUGAAAAGCGAAUGAAGAUUAAGCGUUUGCCCAAGGUCUUGGCGUUGCAUCUAAAGCGCUUCAAGUAUACCGAGGAUUACAGCCGGCUGCAGAAGCUUUUCCACCGAGUCGUGUAUCCCUACCACCUACGCAUGUUCAACACCACCGAUGACGCCGAGGACCCGGAUCGAAUGUACGAACUGUACGCUGUUGUAGUUCACAUCGGAGGUAAUGCCUAUCACGGCCACUAUGUUUCAGUCAUCAAGACCAAGGAUCGUGGUUGGGUUCUUUUUGACGACGAGAUGGUGGAACCGGUCGACAAGCACUUCGUUCGCAACUUCUUUGGCGAUAAGCCCGGCAUGGCUUGCGCGUAUGUUCUCUUCUACCAAGAGACCACCUUCGAAAAGGUGCAGGCGGAGAUGGAGGCUGAGGGUGCGGAGGAGGUCAAGAUCGCGAACGAAACCGCAAACGUCGCACAGGAAAACGGCCAGGUCAACGGUACGAACGGCACUCCGAACGGCACUGCACCCCUUUCCAAGCAGUUUACACAACCCGUAAGCCCGAUUGAAGAGCGUGAUCCGAUGCCCGGGGUUUCUCACGCUCAGACUGCGCCCGGUAAAGUGGAUGCACCAGAGGUUCCGCCAGUACCGCCCACACCCGCUGCUCCUGCGAUACCUGUUGGCAUCACCAGAUCUAACACGGCAGCCAAGAACGAAAAAUCAAAGGAUGAAAAGAAGCGGGAGAAGAAGGAGCAAGAGGCUGCCGAGAAGGCCCGGAAGCAGGCUGAAAAGGACAAGGCGAAAGAGGAAGAGAGGCAACGAAGGGAAAGUCACGCCCGGCGGAGAGAAGCUUAUCAAAAGGAACAGGACGAGCUGCGCCAGGUUCUGGAAUUAAGCAAGAAAACUGCGGAAGAACAAGAACCGAAGAAGAAGGAACCCUCUGGCACGACGAGCUUCCUCAACAGGUCUAGCCGGGCAAGCAAGUCGAUGACUCGAAAGAGCUUCGGGUUUCUCAGCAAGGACAAGGAUAAGCCUGAAUCACCGAGGCCGACAGAGAACGGUCAUAAUGGCACCGAUGGCGCAGCAAACCACGCAGACAAGCCCAAGGAGUUGAGAGAGCGGUUCAGUUUCAAUCUAGGCAGGAAGAAGAGCGGAAACCUGCUGUCAUGA